CUCCGAGCUUCCAAGUGUCGUCUGCUCGCGCUUGCAGAAUCGUCUGCUUUCUGCGCGUUUCUGUCGUCUGCUUUUGAAAGAAUUGCCAUAGCGAUGCGGCGUUCAAAAUCGGGAUGAAGCGUGUUGCAAAGAGACGUUUGCUCGUGGGUGUAACCCCGAUGGGUGACACGAACGGGUGUCCAGAUGGUGUCACGGUGCUACAAAAACUUCCCAAUGCAACUCAGACUGGAUUGAGGUGAAGCAUUUUUUUUCGGUGUGGGUGUGUGUGAGUGUGCGUGCCGAGAUGAGGUGGGCCGAAAUGCGAACUUGGCUCGCGGUGCUGUGGUGGUGUGCCAAUCUAGGACGGGCGGGACCCGACAAGCUGCCGCUAGGAUCUUUGGCCGACACUCACCGUUACCGCAGCUCUUCCCGAUAUGGAUCCGGAGGCAGAGCCAACAAUAAUUUGAACAUAGGCGCCAUCUUUACUCCUCCAGCCCGCGAGCUGCAGACGGCCUACGAAUACACCAUCUAUCAGCACAACAAGGGAGACUUCAGGUUCAAAGUAAACUCAUCUAUCGGAAUCCUCACCAACGACGAUCCUUUCAACCUCACCCGGGAAGUAUGCCAACACAUGAGCCGCGGCAUCAUCACCCUGGUGGCUCCCAACGUGGGCAACUCCUACGAGACGCUGGUGUCCCUCUCCAAUACGUUCCACAUGCCCUUCGUGAGUACCUCCUUCCCCGAAGUGGCCGCUCUACGGCCAUCGCACUUCGGCAUCUCGCUCAAGCCAAAGUACAUCCCGGCCAUUCUCGACGUGAUACGAUACUACAACUGGUCUUCUAUCAUCUACCUCUAUCACACGGACGACGGUCUUUUGAAGCUGCAGCAGAUUUUCCAAAUGACGUCCGACAACAGUCUGGAGGUUCGCGUGGUGAAACGCUUCACGAACGCGUCGGAGGCGAACGAUUUUCUCCGCCACAUGGAACAGCAGGACCGAGAACGGCGGAAAUACGUCGUCCUCGACAGCAGUGCCGAAAUGGCCAAGGAAAUCAUCGUCAAUCAUGUGAGAGACCUCUACAUGGGAAGGAGGAACUUCCACUUCCUGCUCACUAGCCUCGUCAUGGACGAGUACUUUAACAGCCAAAUUCUUGAGUUGGGCGUCCUCAACAUCACGGGCUUUCGAAUGCUUCAACCUAACAGAGAAGAAUUCAAACAGUUCCACAAGCAGUGGGAGAAGCUGGACCCCGUCAAAUGGCCCGGCGCUGGAACACCUUACAUCUCCGCUGAAGUGGCCCUGAUGCAUGACGCUGCCAGGGUCAUCCUGGACGCUUACAACCGCCUCCUAAAGAACAAGUCGGACAUCUUUCGGAACAACUUCCGUCGUGGUGAAGUCUACAACCGGGGCACCAAGGGUAUCGACUGUCAGAGUUGGCCGGCAGUCACGUGGGAGCACGGCAAAACCAUCGCCGACUACCUCAAACAGACUCACACCAGAGGACUGACGGGUAAUAUAUCCUUCGACCAGCACGGUUACCGUGGCAACUUCACCAUGGACGUCGUCGAAAUGACCAUGAAUAGUGAGAUGGUCAAGAUUGCAGAAUGGUCAGACAGCCAUGGACUCCGUUUCCAUCCUCCCAAGUACCGACGCGUCAAACAGGAUAACGAAUUCGAGAACAAAACCUACAUCGUUACGAGUAUUCUGGAAGAACCAUACCUCAUGUUCAAGAGACCCGAACCUGGUCAAAUCCUUGUGGGCAACGACCAGUUCGAGGGUUACUGCAAGGAUCUCGCCGACCUAGUUGCCGAGAACCUCAAAAUUGCUUACGUCCUCAAACUGGUGAACGAUUCCAAGUACGGCGGUCGUGAUGUGCAUUCUCCUGCUGGAUGGAAUGGAAUGGUCGGAGAACUCAUUCGUCAGGAAGCCAACAUGGCCAUCGCGCCCCUGACCAUCACCUCUGCCCGCGAACGCGUCAUCGACUUCACCAAACCCUUCAUGUCCCUGGGCAUCAGCAUCAUGAUCAAGAAACCCAUGAAGAUGAAACCGGGAGUUUUCUCCUUUAUGAACCCAUUGUCCCGCGAGAUCUGGAUGUGCAUCAUCUUCGCCUACGUCGGGGUGUCCGUCGUCCUGUUCCUCGUCAGCCGGUUCUCCCCGCACGAGUGGCGCUACGAGGAGACCUUCGUGGGACCGUCGGUAUCCAACGACUUCUCUCUCUACAACAGUCUCUGGUUCUCCCUGGGGGCCUUCAUGCAACAGGGAUGCGACAUCUGCCCCAGGUCUGUAGCUGGUCGUAUAGUGGGCAGCGUGUGGUGGUUCUUCACGCUCAUCAUCAUCUCGAGCUACACUGCCAACCUGGCUGCCUUCCUCACCGUCGAACGGAUGGUCACUCCCAUCAACUCUGCCGACGACCUCGCCAAGCAAACGGAGGUCGAAUACGGGACGCUUUCCUUUUCUUCUACGCAGGAGUUCUUCAGGCGAUCCAAGAUCGCCGUGUAUGCCCGCAUGUGGGAAUUCAUGAACUCCCGUAAACACGUGUUUACGUCAACGUACGAAGAAGGCAUCCGACGCGUCCGAGAGUCCAAAGGGAAGUACGCCUUCCUGAUGGAAUCUACCAAGAAUGACUACAUCAACGAGCGCCACCCCUGCGACACCAUGAAGGUUGGAAGAAAUCUAGACGCUAAAGGCUAUGGGGUGGCCACACCCUUGGGCUCAAAUUUAAGGGAUCGGCUAAAUCUUGCCGUCCUCUCCAUGAAAGAAAACGGCGAUUUAGCGCGUCUAGAAAAUAAAUGGUGGUAUGACCGCAGCGAAUGUAGAAACGGCGAUAGCAAAGAGUCCACUCAAAACGAGCUGACACUCAGUAAUGUUGCUGGCUGCUUCUAUAUUUUAAUUGGCGGUCUUGUCUUGGCUAUGGUUGUCGCUCUCCUCGAGUUCUGCUACAAAUCUCGAAUGGAAGCGGCGCGCUCAAAGAUGACAAUGUACGAAGCUAUGAAGGCCAAAGUACGUAUGUCGAUCACGGGAACCCAAAAUGGCGAUCGUGGAAGGGUACGGCAAGGCUCUGUCUACAAUUUCCCCCGGCAUCCUCCAUGAUCGUUGUGGACGGGAUGACUGAGCCUCAAAAUACCCAUACCCAAGUCUGACGUUAGUGCCACCGGGGGCAAAAAAUAGUAAGCAUGACUCCGAGCACAGAGUGUCACGGACCAGGCGAAGGGACGGAAGAUCCUCGGAGGCCAGAAGAAGAACCCCUUCGAAAGGUCUUAUCCGUUUCCCAAGCUAGGAGAGACACCAAGAUAUCACUCCAGGGCACAGAAGCUGCUUAGUCGCUGGUGACGCUGCGACGCACGAGACUAACGCAGUUGUGACGUCAUUGAUGACGUUUUCGUAGGUAGAUCCACUACACACGUUGUUUACAUUGUAACUAGCAGAACUUUUUCCAUCGCAGUUUCUCAUUUUCUUUUUUUUUUACGCGAGCUAUGUACAGGAUCUUAUGAUCGUUGUCUGAGCGAGAAGGUUCGCGCGUUGUCUGUUUUGGAGUGGUUGGUUCGUGGGUGGGUGGUGAGUGGUUCCCAAGCGGAGUGUUUUUCGAAAAUGAAUAGGAUGGGAAGAAAGAAAGAUGAAUGAGGGAGGGGAAUGGAGAGAAAAGAAUUUGGGGUUUUCUUAAUACCUCCUUUUUGAGCGCGUACUCUAGAAAGUUAACUCCACCACAGAGCACGCUCUUCUGCAGCUAUUGCUAGAUGAUCUAAAUGGAAAUAAUUUUUUUUUAAUUUUACUUACAUUUUUUUAAUUUAAUAAAUAAUUUUUUAACAAAUUUAUUGAAAUUAAAAAAAAUUACCAAAAUGGGCGUACGUCUAGUUCCUUCGUGAAAUCGAAAGAGAGAUCGGUUAAUCUACACUAAUAAAAGCUGAGUGUGUGAUGCGAUGCGUUUCUUGAUGUGCUUAUCACAUUAUAUAACGCUGAUACUAUUCUAAGGAUACCUUCACUUUUAAACGAAACAUGUCCGUGUGAAGUAUGAAGUCCAUAGUACAACACGAUCUAAGCCCCCACUGCCGAUGCUGAACGACCGUUCCUGAAAUAUGCUGCCGCGUGUCUUACGAUUCACAGAGGAAAUGAGGCGUACGCCCUGACAUUGCAAAAUUACCCAAAAUAUCGGAGAGACGCGUACGAGCGGCCUCAUGUAGGUCGACACCGUUGAGCCGGGCAGGUAGCACAUCCAGAGUUCGUUAGGUAAUGAAGCCGCAUAUAGAGUGCACAAAAGGUUGAGUUGACUUGAAACGUGAUCACUGCACACAACACUGUAUAUUACACGCUUACGGUUUUAUUUACUCUCCCUUGCGCAGCCUCGCUACCAGGACCGUGUGUAGCGCAAGCCAAUGCGGUCUUUAAAGGGACGGUCGCAAUCAGAAACGCGUCUGUGAAACGGAUACCACUAUGUUCGGCACCGGCACCGACAAUCUACUUGGCUAAUUUUGGCUAAACUUGGCUGAUUGGCGAGAUCAGCGUGACGUCACUUCCUAACCGGAGCAGUGAGGGGAGAAAGGCGACGUCCAGACGCCCGCACCGCCGCGGCAUCCCCCUUUUCUCAAGGCCGUGCUCUGAUUGGUGGUAUAGGAAUGACGUUUUCGCCUUUUUCCAGAGAGGGAAUUCCGGGAUACUCUCAACAUGCGGCGUCUGCUCUUGUCGUGUAUUCCAUCGAAUAACAGUCAAACAACGCCACUAUUUCGCACGGGAUUUUCGAUGCCGCGGCCAAUGGUGAACGAGGAAUAAAUGACACCAUAGUUUCGAAAUCGACUCGAACGGAUGCGACCGUCCCUGUAACACGGGAGCACGUAGCUGAACGCGUCGCGUUUGUCCCUAAUACCGACCGUACCAUACCGGCAUGUCCCUAAUACCGACCGUAUCAGCAUAUCGUACCGACCGAUAUGCUGACACCCGAUUUCCGUAAUAGGAACUAUUAGUCGUAUUGGGAAUUCUGCGUCAGUUGGUGAUCUUUGCUCUAAUUCGUUUCUCCGAGCAGAUAACCUUACGGCAAUUAAAGUAUGCACUGACAUUCAGUUAUCGUUGAGUGUGGGAGGGGGGCGGGGGGUCGUACAGGCUGUUCACGAAACCGAAAACAUUUCGGAAACAAUUAUUUUUCCCGAGAAAUGGGCGGUCAACGGUACUCACGUAAGGUAACGUUCAAUUUCGAGAUCUACGGAAGCAAGACGCGCAACCAUUGGUGCGAUGGAAGGGAGGCAAGAUUGUUACUCAGGGCACAAGAAAAAAAAAAGCGAAACAGAAGCGAACAAACAAACAAAAGUGAUGCUUCGGCUAAGAAGCGUUACAGAGCUAUGGCUCUUCAUCUCUCUCUCUCUCUCUCUCUCCCUCUCUCUUUUCUGUGUUUUUUUCCUCUUUCACUUCCCGCGGUGACGAUCCAGUUUAUUUUCAACUCUUCCUCUUAAUCUCCGUUGAGGAUCCAUUCUUAAAAUCAAAAAAGUCCGCCUAGAAACACGAAAAGGUAGAAACGUCAUGACGCAGUCAUUACUAUACUCCAACUAGACACAUAACAACACAACAAUAUAAACAUAACAACAUAAUAACACAACAACAAAUACACUGAUGAUGAUGAUGAUGAAUGGGGAACGUUUUAGUCAAUCGCUAUAACCGAUUCACGGUUGUAACCGGAACAAAAUUACGCACAUAUCUCUUUCAUGCUUACCAUAACCGAUUUCACACUGCGGAUGAUGAAGCUAGCGCCUAUAACACGAGUCUUUGCUGUUGUUGCGUGUGUACAGCAGCCUUACAAACAAUACAGCAACUUUAUUUUGAGUUUGAGGACGGUAAGUUUCAUCGCCAGGGGCGAUAUGCUGGUAGGGAAUGUAGGGAAUGAAAUAAUGAACCCCUUCACAAUAAGGAUCAGAGUCCGAUGGUGUCCAAAAGGGUCAAAAAGAGCUUGGAGGGCAGAGCGUUAGUGGGAUGGAUUUGGCCAGGGACAAAGCAACUUUAGAGAGAGGGGGUGAGGGGUCGAUAGAGAGAGGGGGCGAGAGUCCAGCUGAUUAAGAGACACUGAGAUCGCGGUUCGGGAAGGUUAGUAGUGUGGGCAAUGAAGAAGAAUGUGCUCUUGAUCUUCUAGAGCAUUGCCGUGACAGCAUCUGGAAGGGUCAACUUGUCUCGAGCGGUAAAGCCACUGGGUUGUAAAAGCCACAUCGAGUCGCAUUCGGUGAAUUAAUGCAGCAUCUUGACGACAGGUGUUUCGUGGCACGCGGAAAGGGAGCACUUGGAUCAGCACUUCUCAGCAUACGUAGAUGGCUCACUUUACUCAUGACGCCGUACGAUUUAUGUAUUCUUAAGGAAAGAUUGGAGGAACGAGUUGUAGUGGUGGUGGAGGCAGGUUGCCGUUCCCGGCCUCAGCACGAGUUGUUUAUUCCAGGAGUGCGGUUGGAUCGCGCUACUCAAAGGGUGCGCGCGAGCAUAAUAAUGAUGACGAUGACGAUUCUGCCUCACCUUAUUUAUGAACAGUUUUUUUUUUUAAUUCUACAUCGAAGAAAACUAAGAUGUCGUAAGUGGACCGCUCUAAAAGCCAUACUUGCUUAAACGAAGAGGAAUUUGAAUUGAUCGUAACACAUUCGAUUUCCAACCUAUAGUGCCGUUGACCCUGCAUUUCUUGUGAAACCAGUUGUGUUUCCGCGUCUCUGAAUGGGCCUGUGUACCACAGCCCCUUACCAGUAUAUGCACUACACCGUGUCUCUACAUACAGACGCUUCUUUCAUCUAUUAACAACGAGCACUGUCUCUUACGAGCUUCUUUUUUUUUUCUGCACUCACUAAAAUCCCCAGAUUUUCGCUAGCUUUCAAAUGGCAAGAAGUUACAUUCAAGAACUUCUUCGCCGCCGUCGUUCGUUCCUCCCUGUAAAGAUACCACAGUCUUCACGAACACCAUAAUCGUGUUUCUAUUUCUGCCGCUUAUCUCAGUGCUUUCGUAUAUAUAAAAGCAGAAAUGCAGCUGCGACACUUUUUUUCUAUCGCUUACUUCAAUACUUCGCGAAUUUUACGUGACUUGAGAUUGUACAUAGACCUCAUCGCUCAUCAUAUUACUGACAAUAUGGAGGUUAAUGCACUGAACGUGAGCUUUCGUCAGUAUACCGAAUAGUGACUAGGAUGCAUAUGUCUGUCAGUACUGGGGUGGUACAUGAGUUUGUACACGAGGCCUUCAGUGUCCCAAUGGGCUUAGUAUUAAGACAACGCAAUUUACGUGGAACUUAGUGACACAACUUCCAAGGUAUUUCCCGAAGUCGGACUUUGCAGUGACCCCGCGAUUCAAAGUUGGUUACUCUGUUUCUGUGGACCUUGAUCUAUAUUCAUCUUAAGGCUUCGGUGAUCUCGAUUGAUGACUGAUAUGUUCAGUUCAGUUUUCUCGUUUUCCCUAAAAGUAAGUUUGGGGAACACAAAGCCAAGGUUCUCUGCAAAUCAGCUAGUCACUAUUAAAUGGGUCUUCGAGAGAGAGAAAUUCGUUGGUGCGUAUUUGCGUUUGGAAGGCAUUGCUAUCUUUAAACCGUGAAGAGAAUUCUGUCCAAGAAAGCUUGCAGUCUUCUGGAGCUUGCAGUCUCUAGCCCAUCUAUAUCAGAACACGUGACCCCUGCUAUGUUCCGUUUCCAUACUGGAGGGUGCCAAAAGCGUACAAUGUACGUCAGCAAAGUGACGUCACAGCAUUGUAGACAAAUAAAUAGAAUGUUGAAAACUCGUUUAUUAUCAUACAGUCUAAAAUGUUCCUUCAUCCUUGUGCCGAUAGUUCGUUAUAUCAGUACUUCUUUAUACCCGAGCUACGUUAUGUACGUACAGCGUUGUAUCAAGAGUUGCUAGCACGCAGAAUCCCGCAGUAAAAUAAAGCCUCGUCAGCCUACGAAACAUUACGAUUUCGAUCGAAGAGUAUCGUGAGCCUUAAAAAAUUGUCUGACUGGUUUUUCUUGAAUUCUUAACCUUGAUAACCCCAAAAUUUGUCCCUAAGUCAUCCUACCUCGUGAGAUAUGAUGGCAACAUUCAAUCGUAUGCACUAGCGACGACUAUAGGUGACUGACAUCACAGGCGAUAUUGUUCAGUUUGUGAUGCUGCAGGUUUAAGCUCUUUUAUCGACGUCGGUUACGCUUCGUGGCGGAUCGAUGAGUAUACUUCACCACUUCAUCGUUCUCAUCUUCAAACGGAUAACAAAUCAUCUACAGACAGCUUCUACGUUGUCGCACAACGGUUAUUCACUUUAAACGUGAUGUUAACUAUAUGCUGAGAGUUGAUAAAUACUAUUUCGUUGAAAUAAAAUAGAGUUUUGUUA